AUGGCUAGCGAGUGGUGGGAUAACUUCUCUAAUAAUCUUGCUACUGACCUCGCACCGCUGAUUGCCUUGUUCGGAGAAGCGCCAACAAAACAGUAUCUCAGCGAAUGCCUGGAUACCACGGACAUAAUCCUCUUCGCAAUAGCACCCUUAGGUAUUAUCACUGCGAUUAUAUCGGCCAUACGGGUCUGCGGUACUGCUGCUCUACGCGCAUUUAUUGGGAGGGCACAAGAAGGAGGAGGCGCCGCAGAAGCAGAACUUUGCACAUCUACCAGCCGUGAGGUUUGCGAACUUUACAAUAACGGAGGUGUUGCUCGCGUUUUCGGCCGUCCGAAGUUGCUGGAAAUAGUCCAUGACAAACAUGCAAGUGGUGAGGACUUUUAUCGGCAUUCCUCGAGACCCGCGACCGCCGGAAUCUACCUGUUUAAAGACUAUAUUAAGCUUGAUGGGCAAGAAUGGAAAGAGCUUACAAAGACCCGGCUGCGUUUUAGGUCUGUUGAGGACGGCAAGCUUAUCUCGUCAUCAAAAUCUGCGACCCCACAACUACGCUUUGCGCCAAACCCCAAUCUCUCGUUAAACGUUGGGAUAAAGCAACAUAGAAAAUCGGUGUUUGUGGUGGCAACAGUGAUGGGUUUAUUUAUGCAAUCCGCCGUCAUCAUCUGGGCUGGUAUCGCGAGAUAUAGGCUUCAAUUCGUCAAGGGUGACCUGCAAGACACUUAUGCCGUGCCCAUCGUCCUAAUUGGGACCAUCCUUCUCUGUGCUGGCAUAGGGUGGUGUGCUUUACUGGUUGAGCGUAGUACUAGUGAACGCAUUUUUGAAAGAGAGCGAGGCGGAGACCCCCGGUCGCAGCUCUACUGGGUGCAGCCAGGGACACAGUUUGUCGGUGACCAAGCAUUCGAUUCGUUUGCUUAUACACACCCAAAAAAUGAAUUCUCCAGGUAUAUUACGUCCUGGAAAGAGAAUCAGGAGGAAUCCCGACUAGAGCUCUGGGCAGCUAUUGCCUUAUCGCUGGGUGGUUUCAUCCUUCAAUUCCUCGGCCUGAGGGCAUGCCAUUCUUCAGUUGCCGUGGCGCAGUUAGGCGUCACUAUUCUGAUGAGCUUGGCCCGUUCGAUGCUUCGAACAGAUCGCUUAAAAAAAGAGGAGAUAUUUCUAGCGGAUCAGCCAGAGUUUUAUGAAGGACAUGAGCUCGAUUGGUUAUCGCUGAAUAUUGGUAACAUCCAUCAGCGGAAGCUCAACUGGCAAAUUUCUUCUUCAAGGCGCCACCUCCCGACUCGAGACUCCGAAGAGAGAUAUGAGGACACUGCUCUGCGGAAGAUGGUUAUAGCUGACGAGAAGAAAUGCGUUUUGACCGGCUUCCGACCAGACCAUUCAUUGCGGGCCAAUUCGUCCCCCAAAACACCACUACGUACUGCUGCAUUGGACCGGGGUGGAGACACCGCGGAAGAUUACUGGUCUUCAGAGAAAUGGCGCUUUGAGGCUCACCGCGACAGCAAGGAGUUGGGAAAGCAAGGGUCCCAUUUGCCCUCUGACAUCGCCAAAGUGUACUCAUACAGAUGUCGACUCUCCCACCUUACGUCGAACUGGGAAGAGCGACUGGUUUCUGUUCGUGACAUCGCGUCAUCAUUAGCGAGAGCAAUUGAGGCCACUACCAAGGUUCUCUUCACAAGUGAUGUGGUGUUCAAGGAAGGGUGGGAAGAAGCAUUCACAUUAUUUUGGCCUGUACCAUGUGAAAUGAUAAGCAUCACGGAAUCGACGCCGCAUAAUGGGAAAUCCAAUCCCAUAUUGAAUCCUGACAUCGGCCUUAGAGCUACCCAGGGGACAGUGUAUCUGUCGUUAAGACGCGGUUUGGACGUCGAUGGUCGGGCAAAGGGCGAGUGGCGCGUGGAUGAUUCCGAGCUUGAGGCGGUACUUGGCCUCUGGCGAUGGUCUCUCAAGGAAGCGGACAAAGAUGUCGACCCAAUCACGACGCCACGACGAAUCCUCGGAGGAAAGAUAGACUCCAGCGGCUCCAACGCGAUUACAGAUUUUGAUCUCUGGCGCGAAGGGAAAUCCGGGUUUAGUAUUAUGGAAACUCUUAAUCCACCACGCGAGUCUUACGGGCGCCGUAUAUUCGGAUGGCACAAUGUCCCUGUUUCCAACGGAGCGGAUAUCACAGGAGAUGUUACGGUCUUAGAGCUCCCGCUAACAACGAGAUCCCUACCAACAAUGUUUGCUCAGGAGCUUUAUUCCCUAUUUUUCGCGUCCAUCCUCCAAUCCAUUGAGGAUAUCGGUGGCAAAACGGAGGUGAAGCAAAGCCAAAGUCUCUGCUUUACGAAUUCUAACAUUUCGCGAAUCCAAGCAUCCUUUACAGAAAGCGGGCUAGGCCCUAUUGAAGAUGCUUUCACAUGCAUAAUGCCAGCAAUUAGGAACCAGGGAAAACUGCCAACCGCAGUGGGAAAUCUCCCUGCCGUCAGGUCAACCGCGGAAUCUUACCUCGCCCAGGAGAAUUGGGAAGAGGCAGAAAAGCUGUUGCGUUGGGCAUCCCCACAUAUCCACGCACCAGAUAAUGGCAGUGAGGAAGGAAUCGGAUUGAGUAGCACGAUAAACCAGCAGCGUUUGCUAACCCUGGAUCUAUGCGAAUGCUACCGCAAGGCACUGACUAGCGCUACCGCACCGGAUUUUGGUUGGAAGGGUAUCGUCGAAAUACUGCAAAACUCAACCAACGAUGGACGUGAUAAAAUAACACUGGACACUGUGGGAGAUCAAUCCUCAUAUACACUUGCCCAAACCAUUCGGUGCUAUGCCCAGGCAGCACUACGAAUCGCUCAGGAUAACAAUAACGAACAGGCUUCCAAAGAGCUAGCAGCAGGCAUCCAGAGCAGCCUUGUCAAUCCCGACCCCAAAACAGAAAUUAUGACUAUAAAACCCGUGAAACCUGGUAAAACGAUGUCUAAGUCAAACGACAAACAGGAGCGCUUGCUCUCCGAAGCCAUUAAACGUGGCGAUCUCAGGUCAGCCUUAUAUUAUUUACAUCGACCAUCCGUGCUCGAAGAAAGAGACCCAAUGAACCGCUCCGCACUCUCUCUGGCAGCUGGACGUGGCUGGUAUAUUGUUGUCAAAGACAUGCUCAAACGUGGAGCGAUUCUAGAGGAGAAAGACAAGAAUGCUCGUAGCGCCAUAUCUUACGCCGCUGAAAACGGAGAUCUCAACACUUUUGAGUACCUCUUGAACCAAGGCGCAUUUUCGAAUUUUCCGGAUCAUACGCGCCGCACACCGCUGUCAUAUGCUGCGCAGAAUGGGCAUACGGAGGUAGCGAGGCUGCUGCUGUACGAUCUGCGCGUGGAAGCGGAUCCAAGGGAUGGUAAGGGACAAACUCCGUUGUUAUAUGCGGUGAAAAACGGGUCAAAUGAGAUUGUAAAGUUGCUGAUGAAGAAGGGGGUGGACGUCAACCUCAAAGGCCAGCUUGGGCAGACACCAUUGGCGAUAGCAGUGGACAGUGAAAAUGAACAAUUAGUCGCAACGCUCUUGGCUAACGAGCGGGUUGACGUGGACAUAAAAGAUAGAAAUGGCAAUACACCUCUACUUCUCGCGGUUGUCAAAGGAAACGAUAAGCUCGUUGAACUCAUAUUGACAAGGCAAGAGGUUGAUAUCAACACAAAAAAUCAGCAAGGCAUGACGCCUCUGACUUACGCAGCGGAUGCUGGUUAUGACAAAAUCGUUUCCCUUCUACUCUCAAAGGGCAAUAUCAGAGUCAACCUCCAAAACAAGAACAUAGAAUCGCCCCUAUUCUUGGCUGCAAGGAAAGGUCAUGUACCAGUUGUUAGACAACUUCUGGCAAGGGAUGAUGUGGCGCUGGACCUCUUCAACAAAAACGUCCAAAGUCCACUUUCCGAAGCCGCGGCGGAGGGCCAGAGCGAAGCCGUCGCCCUACUUCUAAAACAUGACUUUAAGACGGUGGACGAGUAUGACAUUAACGGACAAUCUCCCCUCUCCCGAGCAGCAAUGAACGGGCGCACUGACACCGUAGCCCAAUUUCUCGCUAUGGGCGACAAAGUGGAUGUCAACUCGGGGGCCAUUGCUGGCUGGACUCCGUUAUGUUGGGCAGCGAUCAAAGGCCACACUGACGUGGUUCAGCUCCUGCUCUCUGAUAAACGAGUGAUUGUUGAUAUGAGGGCCAACAAUGGGCAGACGCCGCUGUCUAUGGCGGCGGAGAAGGGGUUCGUUCGCUCCGUCGAGAUACUCCUAGCAACGGAAGGAGUGGACCCGAACGCUAGCGACGGGGAGCAGAUGACACCGGUGGCAUGGGCAGCGAGAAGGGGGCAUGGCCGCGAGCGUUCUAUUUCAUACGCCGAAAUAUCCGCAUAUCACAAGCUUGCUACACGAUUUCAAAGAGUGGCCUGA